AUGGCGCCUACGAAUCCUGGCAUUGAUGCCCUAGACUUUGAUGCCAAUCGAAGACGCAGGCGACGCUCGUCAAGCAGCUCACGCCCUCGACCUGGAGACGAUGAUUUCGACUUCAUGGGCCAGGUUGCCGAAGAGAUCAUCGAGCGGGACCGCGCCAGGAUGCGCAGGGAGGUUAUCAGAGUCUUGAGCUUUGUCUGCGCCGUGCUCAGCUGUUUAUGUGCCGGAUCAAUCACAUCCUUUUCCCUCUAUGGCGCUCGAUUCCUGCAAGACCUGCAUUACACCCAGUUCCGCGUCAACAUUGUGUCAAUCUCGGCCGAGCUGGGCUUGUACCUCGUGGUGCCAAUAUUCGGCUACAUAUGCGAUCGUUACUCGCCACCGCCUCUCUCUUUCCUCUCCUCCGUCCUCUUCGGCACCGGCUACCUUCUGGCAGCGUAUACAUACAAGUCAGGACCGCCCCCAGAUGCCGCGACCCAUCCAGGCAAUGGAUGGCCGUUUGGCGUCAUGGUGCUUGCCUUUGUCUUGAUUGGCGCAGGCACUUGCUCCAUGUACAUUUCUGCCGUGGCAACAUGCGCGAAGAACUUCGCCAAGGCGAAAUAUAGGGGUUUCAUGCUUGCGGUUCCCAUUGCGGCAUUUGGAUUGAGCGGGAUGUGGGAAUCUCAAGUCGGAGCGCAUUUGCUGUACGAGAGGCUGCCCAAUGGUCACAAGGGAGAAGUCGAUGUAUUCAAGUACUUCGUCUUCCUUGCGGGCACAUUGAUUGGCGUUGGAAUCCUGGGCACCCUGGGAUUGCGCAUUGUGGACGAAGAGGAACUCAUCGAGACCGGGGUAGAAAAUCUCGAGCGGAGUGGUCUGCUGGACGAAAGCGAAUUUUACCGUGACUCGUCCCGUGCGCCGACGCCAGUCAACUACGGCACCAUUGGUAGCGACGAGGAAGAAGGCGACCGCUCCGGAGCCAACUCGGACGACGACCUCGACUCGCAAGCCGACCUCCUCCUCUCCGAGUCGCAACUCAUCAAGAAACACGAAGAGACGCGCCGCCUCCGCCGGAAAAAGUACUGGCUCCUCAAUCACGCGACCCACGCCUUUCUCACCGACCGGACAAUGUGGCUUCUGGCUGUGGGGUUUUUCCUCGUAACCGGUCCGGGCGAAGCCUACAUCAACAACCUGGGCACGAUUAUCCCGACAUUAACGCCCAGGGACUACAACUUUGUCGAUGGCGAUGGCAACAUCAUUGCCCCACCAGCAGGACAAGCAAGCACCCACGUCUCCAUCAUCGCGCUAGCAUCAACCUUUGCCCGCUUGUUCACAGGCACAUUAUCCGAUCUGUUCGCGCCGCCAUCGAACCCAGCCUCUCCACCUAGCGCGAGGUUCCACUUCUCCCGUCUCUCGCUCCUCAUCCCUUCUGCAUUCCUCCUUCUUCUCUGCUUCUUGAAUCUAGGCAUCCGCCCCUUGGUGUCGGCUCAUCCAAGCUUAUUUCUCCUCUCAUCGGCGCUGCUCGGCCUCGGCUACGGCGCGUGCUUCUCCCUCGUGCCCAUCAUCAUCUCCGUGGUAUGGGGCGUCGAGAACUUCGCGACAAAUUGGGGCGUCGUGGCAAUGAUGCCUGCGGGUGGUGCCGCAGUAUGGAGCGUCGUAUACUCCGUCGCGUACUCUAGUGCGUCGAACAAAGAGGCAGACACGGCGGAGGGAGAGUGUCAUGGCUAUCUGUGCUUCGGCGCGUGGACAUGGGGCUGUGCAGCAAGCGUCACCCUCGCCAUCUGUUGCUGGUGCGUGGCGUGGAGGGUGUGGAAGGCGCGGAGAGUGGUUGUGUAG